AGAUUGUUUCUUUCCAUGUAGUUGCAUAUACUUCUACGAUGUCCCUCACGACAGGUACCUUCCUUCUGUUUCCUAGGGCAGGAUGGAGGACUUUGUCUAUUUUCUACUGUCACUUCUAGUACCCUUCACAGCACAAAUUUUUCUUACGGACUCUUGUACAUCACUUACCACCGCUACCCUUUGUCAACAAUUCCAGGAUCGAAUGGCGUCGAGUGAAGCCGACUCGAGUCGAGUCGCUCUUUUGUACUACUGCUCGGCGUCGCGGUCAAAGUUUGCUUCUCAACGCUCUUUUUUCUUCUUGCUUCUAGUCAACGAAUAAUGAUACUCUUCACGGUUAGUUGGGUCAGUUGAAACUGUUACGUAUGACAUGGUGGGGCAUAGUGAUUGUGGGGUUUUCCUUUA